UUUUCUUAUAUUUUCCAGUUGCAAAUAGACUUCAAUUUCUUACAUGCCGAAAGUAAUUUGAAGUUGAUCGAAAACUGGGCCGAAAUAGCAGUAAGAAUAAAAUCUAUGUCUAAUGUCGAGCCAAUUUUUAAGGAUACAAUUCAAGAUACAGUCGAAACCUUGCUUCUCAUCCAAAAAUUAUUUGGACCUAUUCAUGUUGGAAAAUGGAAAACAUCUGCAGUCAAUAUCUUGAGUGGCUUUCUUUUACACGUAAAUGAUACAAAUGGAAUAGAGGUAGCUGUCCAGCGUUUAAAGGAUAAAUUAAAUUCCGUUAAGAGGACCUUGCAGCCAUUCCCAAUUGUUGUUGGACCAGAUUUUCAGAGCAUCACAGAUUCUUAUGUGAUGUAUGCUUUAAAGCAUAUCACGCCCUCCAUGCGUAUUACCCACAUCAGAGUGCGAAUCCGUGGUUUUUUCUGCAAAAAGCUGUUUAUGGCAUAACAACCAAGUGGG